UUCAUCACUACUUCCUUAAAUGGGAAAGAAAAUAUUCUUUCUAGGCCUUAUAAGCCUGGCUAUUUUAGUUCUCAUGAUUAACAUAGCAAAUGCAGAAGUGCCGGCUGUUUUUAUAUUAGGAGAUUCAACAGCGGAUGUCGGAACCAACAAUUUCUUGCCCGGAAGCACACACACAUCUAAUUUUUAUCCUUACGGCAUUGAUUUUCCUUUCUCUAGACCGACUGGACGAUUCAGCAAUGGCUUUAACAGUGCCGAUUUUCUCGCAAAGCUGCUUGGAUUCAAAAGAAGUCCAGUACCAUUCUUCACGUUACAAAACAAUACAAAAUUAAUCAACAGGCCGAGCUUCCGAGGAGCAAAUUUUGCAUCCGCAGGCUCUGGCAUUAUCAACAUCACUGGACAAGUACCUAAUGGACCAAAGAUCAACGUUAUAUCACUAGCAAUGCAGAUUGAACAAUUUUCCACAAUCUACACACAGCUUGUCACCCAUAAAGGUCAAGCUUAUGCUGAAAAUUUCCUCUCCAGAUCUUUGUUCUGUAUCAGCGUCGGCAGCAAUGACAUUUUCGGUUAUUUCGCUUCCAACAGCAGUACUAUUGUUCCGAUACAAGAGUUCCUAGCUAGUUUAGUAGGUCAAUACGAAUUCUACUUAAGGAGCCUGUAUAAACUGGGUGCGAGAAAGUUUGGCAUCAUAAGCAUUCCGCCGAUUGGUUGCGUUCCAAUUUUAAGGACUCAGAAUGCGACAGGAGGUUGUUUGGAGGGAUUGAAUGAUAUUGCUAGAUAUUUUCAUUCAACAUUCAGUUCCAUAUUAAUCAAGCUCAGCUCAGAAUACACAGACAUGAAGUAUUCCCUUGGAAAUUCUUAUGAGAUGACUAUAAAUGUAAUAGACAAUCCAAGUCCAUUCGGAUUUACUGAUGUGGCAACUGCGUGCUGCGGAGGUAAAAAGACAAUGUGUGCUCCCAAUGUAACAUUCUGUUCGAAUCGGAAGGAAUACUUGUUCUGGGAUUUGUUCCAUCCAACACAGAAGGCGGCUUCAUUGGCUGCUGCAACACUUUAUACAGGCGAGCCACGAUUCGUAGCCCCAAUUAACUUUAAACAGUUGGCUGAAGCUUAAUCAGUCACAUUCGCGCUACCUUACAAUAAAAGUAGUCAUUCUCUACUAUUUUUUGCUCCUAAAUGAAUCGUAUACUGAUUGAUUAGUAAACUACUCUUCAAUUUAUGAUA